AUGGGCAACCAAUCCUCCAAGGAGUCCGGAUCGUCGGCCAAGGGUGCCGCUAAUGGCGACCGGACCGGCCCCGAGGGCUUCCAGUCGUAUCCUUCGUUCAGCAGGUCCGACACCAGAGAGUCAUCUAGGUCUUUUCGCUCCCUGCGUUCCAAGAUCCCAGGGUCCAACAGGACAGACAGUCCUAGGAGCUCGGCACUCAUUGUGAACGGUGAUGUGAACGAAAAGGCGGAUGUUACAGGUGGCAGGAGCGCAAGAUCGUCCCAGUCACGCGUCUCACGUGCCGAUUCUAUCCCGUCCCCCAGCUCACCGUCAUCGGUCGAUACUGCCGUGCCGACUUCUCCCGUGGCUGAUGACCUUCCGCCGCCCUCGCCGAUACAAUCCGCGUCCUUGAAGGCGGGAUACCACGAUGUCUCGGCUGCGCAGGCCAGCGGGGAGGUGGACCACGUUUCAGACCAACCGCCUUCGGGUGCCGGCAGUUCAGCCCUUCCUGCACAACCGGCGGGCCAGUCCAUCCUGGUGAAGCGCGAUGACGCUGUCAGUUUGGUUAACAACUCACCCAAUGAGUCUGGAAAGGAAGAUGCUGGAGUCACCAUGAGUGAGAUCAAGGAUAUUGACCUGGAUGAUUUCAUCAAGCGCCUUCUCGAUGCCGCCUACGCCGGCAAAGUCACAAAAGGAGUGUGUCUCAAGAAUGCCGAAAUCACGGCGAUCUGCCAUCGGGCUCGAGAAGUUUUCCUUUCCCAGCCCGCCCUUCUCGAGCUGGACGCGCCCGUCAAGAUAGUAGGAGACGUGCACGGCCAGUAUACCGACCUGAUUCGGAUGUUCGAGAUGUGCGGGUUUCCCCCAAACUCCAACUACCUGUUCUUGGGCGACUACGUGGAUCGUGGCAAGCAGUCUCUGGAGACCAUCCUGCUUUUGCUCUGCUACAAGCUCAAGUACCCCGAGAACUUCUUCUUGCUGCGUGGAAAUCACGAAUGCGCCAAUGUCACGCGCGUAUACGGGUUCUACGAUGAGUGCAAACGAAGAUGCAACGUGAAGAUUUGGAAGACAUUCGUCGACACGUUCAACACGCUUCCCAUUGCGGCUAUCGUCGCUGCCAAGAUCUUCUGUGUCCACGGAGGACUUUCGCCGGCUCUCAGCCACAUGGACGAUAUCAGGAACAUUGCUAGGCCUACCGAUGUUCCUGACUACGGCUUGCUCAACGACCUUUUGUGGUCUGAUCCGGCAGACAUGGAGUCAGACUGGGAGUCAAACGAACGCGGUGUCAGUUAUUGCUUCGGGAAGAAGGUCAUCGUUGACUUUUUGGCCGCUAAUGACUUUGAUCUUGUUUGUCGCGCCCACAUGGUUGUUGAAGACGGCUACGAAUUCUUCACGGAUCGUGUUCUCGUCACAGUCUUCAGCGCUCCCAACUACUGUGGCGAAUUUGACAACUGGGGUGCCGUUAUGUCGGUAUCAACCGAACUUCUUUGCAGCUUUGAGCUCCUCAAACCUCUUGACUCUAAUGCACUCAAGAAUCAUAUUAAGAAGGGGCGGAACAAGCGCAACCAAAUCCUUAACAGCCCGCCUGCGAGUGUGUAUCCUCAGAGCGUCUGA